AUGUAUAACCUUGCAUCAGACACGACUCUUCCUUGUCUUGUUGGUGGAGAUUUUAAUGUCAUUGUGGAUGAGGAGGAGAAAUAUGGUGGCUUACCUGUAACCUUAAAUGAAGUGAAGGAUUUCAGACAUUGUAAUCACACUUGUAACAUUACUGACUUGGGUUAUAAAGGAAGCAUCUUCACCUGGUGGAAUGGAAGGGCUUUAGAUGAAUGUGUGUUCAAGAGGUUAGAUAGAUGCUUGGGAAAUUUUAAAUUUCAGCAACUUUUUCCAGGCCGGGAAGUUAGUCACUUAAUCAAGCUGGGGUCUGAUCAUUCUCCACCUCUGGUUGUGAAGGAUAAUUGGAAGACAGAUGUGGUGGCCAAUUCUUUCAUUACCUUUAAUGUCAAGCUUAAAAAGGUGUUGUCUCAGUGGAGUAAAACAACUUAUGGUGACUUUUUCCAUACUAUCACUAAUCUUGAAGAAGUCAUCAAAACUCAUGAGGCACUGUUUGAGGCAGAUCCUUCUCAUGCCAAUAGGGAGAAACUUCAAAAAGUGCAAGCUGAGAUGACAAGAGCAUUGCAUAUAGAGGAGGAAUAUUGGAAGCAAAAAUCUGGCAUGACCUGGUUCCAAGAUUGUGAUAAAAAUUCUAAAUUCUUUCAUGCACAUGUUAAAGGAAGGAGGAAAAUGCUGCAGUUGAAAAGAAUACAGAACUAUCAGGGUCAAUGGCUAGAGACUGAACAUGAAAUUAUUGAGGAGGCUGUUAGGUUCUACCAAGCUUAA